CAAUCCCAAAUAUUCCUUACAAGUAAAAAGAUUUGAUUUGUCAAUUCCUUUAGAUCAGUAUUAAUUGAGCCGGUUUAAGACUGUCGUAUAAACGUAGUCAAUGUUCUUUAACACGUUGAACGCCCAGCAUGAAUCCCGGGGCCCACCCGUUGAACGCCCAACGUGAAUCAUAGAAUACAAUGAAUACAAUGAUACAAUACAAAGAAGCAUACAAUAAUUCGAAGAAAUCCGCGAGGUACAUCUACAAAAAGAAUACGUGUUGCGGGCUACGUAAACCGGACAGAGCUUGAAAUAAUGGAAAAGGCAUCUCACCAUCUCACAUGGGUGACGUGGCGUUCAACAUGUUAAGCAGCCCUAGGAACACUUAUACCGUGACUCUCCUUUCUUUGUGUACGAAAUACGUAAGAAGUAAAAGCGGCCAAGCGGAUGGACAAUUUCCAAAAACACGUUGGUAAGAAAUCCCUCCUCCUACGAGUACUCCGAUCUAGUUUCAGUAAACAUUUUAUAAAAUAAGGAGUAAUACAGCUGAAUCGUGAAUAUGGACGUAGACACCGAGAACCUAGGUCACCGUUAAUAAAUACGUUUAAUAUCCGCAUCGUUAUUUCGCUUGACAUUAAUGGUUACGGAAAACCUCGAGGAUCCUCGACCAGAGAUUCUCGCGUGACGACACACUUUGCAGGUCCUGACUAGCGAUCCGUAAUUCCGGUGAUAUCACCAUGAAUUAGAUAGAGUGUAUACGGAAAUAUAAUUAUAUGCUCAAUUUCAUAUCUAAGACUAUAUAUAUUAUAUACUCUAUAUAUAUUUUUUUUACAUGGAUCCAUGCAUACGCUACUAAGGAGAUAAUAAUAGAGAACCAGCCUUAGAGGAUUUUGUGUUUGACAACUAGCGGGUAUAGUUGGCCCGGGAGAUAUCCUGGAACCAGCAUACAAGUUCUGGAGGAGGUUAAAAUGCCGUAUAGUUCGUUUCAGACAGAAUAUAUCGGGGCUGACCCUCUUUACCAACAUCUCGGUGCCAUACAUUCAUCGCAGGUUACUGUGGGUAUACGUACUGCUCUUCUGAUUUCUCGCCAUUACAGGGUAGGCCCACUGUGCGACCCAUAAAAAAAAACUAGGAGCAACGACGCAGCGUUUAAUGAAGAAUUAAAAAAAGAAUGGGCAGGAGGGCGUCACGGAUGCUGACAACUAAAUAGGAUUAUUUUGACAGUACUACAUAGGUGUACUCAGGCAGCCUUCUAGUAGCCAACGGCAAUUUUUCCUUCUACGCGGGGAUUCUUAAUGAAAGAAGGAAAGGAUGGGGAAUCAACUGGCCCCGAAAGCUGUUCCAGUUUCUCUACUCAGUCCCUUCUUCGAUACUUGUUCAGCAGCACACGCGAACGUGGACGGUACUGUCUUCCCCAUGCACUGGGACCGCUUUCGGAGUAAAAAUUUCCGAAGUUGUCGCAUUUUACCCUAACAACAUGAGAACGCGCAAGAGACGAGACACUUGUUCCUAGUGAUCUGGCUACGGUCUUAUAUCGGAAUGAGAAUAAGGAAAGAGAAGCGAUACCACCUCAACGAAGAACUCAGUAUAAAUAAGUGACUAUAUCUUUUUUAAAUUAAAAAAAAAUGGUACUCUGAUUCGGUAAAGUUGAGAGUACGCAAAAGUUUAGUGUCUGGUGUAACCAACGCGGAAGACGCCGAAAUACAAGAAACGAUAAAAUAAAGGUGCUCAAAAAGUAAGAGAAAUACAAGAUGACUGUUAAGUGCAGGGGGUCGAAAUUUUGGCUGAGCGUGACACUUACUGUAUCGUUGAUUCUUGUCGAUAGUCAGCACACGAGCACGGAAACUAGUGCUCAAUAUUUACGAAAUGUGAUGAACGAACUUCAAGAAAUUAAUAGCGUCUCCGUUGCGUCAGCUGAUACGGACCGUAACACGGGAAAUGUCGCCGAGACUAAAUACAUUCAGAACCUGGACCAAACGUCCUCUUAUCGGGAUAAAUUUCACCCACAUGUCCAUCAGGUUCAUUAUCAGUAUCCGUGUUCUAGUGACAAGGAGGAAAAAAUACCAGCGGCCACGGACAUUCGCGGUGUUGAUCAGGUUUAUCUAGAAUCAUCUCCCCAUUACUUUACGAUACCGGCAGAUCAAACCAAGAUUCCAUCUCCAAUCGAAGUGCCUCAAGCAUUGGGUUUUACUAGAUCUCAGCUGGCAGGCAUGUACAGAGAUGCUUUGGAGAAAGGAUCGGCAGUGAGUUUGACGGGCUUGACGAGCUCCCUGUCUCCUAGAAAGGUGCCCCAGGCUUCCACGGGCCAGCUCCAACUGCCAGCAGGCCAUGCAGGCUAUUAUUACUACUUUUAUCCCCUGAAGACAUUUAUGAAUGAACUGCGGGACGUGCACGGUUACAAGACAAUACGCGAUGCGCUACCGGAAAAGGUGAACGUCGCUGAAAGUUCGGAGAAGCAAAUGGCAAAUCCGCUCUUCGUAGCAAUCAGCAGCUUCAUCGGCAUGGCACUCCUCUUUAUGAUCGGUGUCCUCUUCCUGCCCCGACUUGGAGGUUUCACCUCGAGAAACGUUCAGGACGAGUUCCUUCAGCUCACUAAGGUCGCCGCUGAGGCUGUAAAUGGUCGUGAUUGCUAUGGCAGGAUCACAUGCGAGAUGGGCGGAGCCACCGGAAGCACCGAGACUCCUCUGCGAGGAUACAGAUUUCCGAAAACGGUUUCGUCCACAACAUUGGGAAAGCGAAUGAGGCCGCGUACGAAGAUCCGCAAUGACUCGUCCUAAUUGUCAGUCUUAUGGCAGACUUAAUUAAUUGUAUUAUUUAUUUAGUCGCUUGUAAUAUUUAUAUUUUAAAUAUUUAUACCACAUGGUUAAGAUAGCGCGUCGUUACGUAUGUAUAGUAUUAAAUCAUGCUAGCUUCUACAGUAGAUAAAUUUAUUGAUAUACCAUACAAUAGAUUUUUCUCGAAAAAAUAUCUGUACACAGAUAUAGGGCUAACAGAAUCACCAAAGGCGCUCAUUGCGACCAUGUUACUUAAUGGGCUCGUUUUUGUUUCAUAUUUGCCGUGUUAAACACAGCAUUCUUAUAAUAGUGAAAUAAAUGUUGCGACGAAAUAAACAAA